AUGAGUGAAGACAUUGUCCUUGUAAAGAAACAGAUUAAGGAAUGGGAGAGGAACUUCAUUAAGACACGAGGACAUCCUCCUAGUAAAAGCGAUGUCAAGGGGAAUCUCGAAAUAGAUCAACUUUAUCGGAGAUAUCGAAAAUUGAAAGCUCCAGUUAGUUCCCAAACUCAACCUAAGAAACAAACACCAAAGAAACCUAAAGUUAUAGAUAACAUAAAAGGAUUAUCUGACGAUGAUUCAGAGACUGAAGGUCCUCUGGUUACAAGAUUUUCUGAGUUUGGACCUACACCACAAGGAGCAGGGAAAGUCUUAUCGAUAUUUGAUAUGAAACUAACACCUCCGGAAUCAUCUCCUUUGAAACUAAAACUGAUGUCUUUGGUGGAAACUCCUAUGAAAGCAGAAUUUAAAACCCCAACUAAAGUAAAGGUCAUUGAUACCAAUGUUCUCCACUCGGGUUCCCGGUCGAAUAAAUCAUCAUUCAUGCAAAAAAUAUCUAAUAUAGCUAAUGAUAGUCCAGUCAAAUCAUUAUCUACACCUUCAAAAAGUCAAACUUUAUCUUUUGAAACUCCACAAUACCUUAAUAGAAAUAUCCAGAGAUUCGAGUUUGAUCGGAAAAGUCCUUUUGAAAAAGAGGAUUCUCCAUUUGAUCCCAAAUCAUCACCUGUAAGAACCCCCAAUUCAAAACCUUUAGUAGAUUUUCAAAUAUCCCCAUCUCCUUUGAUCAAAAGAACUAACAGAAGACUUCUAGAUGUAUUUCAAGCCCAUCAGAGUAUCAAUAUAAGUAAAGAAGAACAAGAGGAAUACGAAGACGAUGAAGAAAGCGAAGAAGAAGGUGAAGAAGUAUCAGCCCUGCCAUCUAAAAGAAGAAGAGCUAAAACUCAAAAGAGGACUACAAGAAGAUAUAAGAUGAAGCCAACACAAGUAACACAUCAUGAUAAACUUGCAGAUAAAGAUAUUCAUGUUGAAAUGGAAAAACUAGAAAAGAAAGAAGAAUUGAAGAUACAGAAAAUGAUAGAUGAUAACGUUGAAAGUGCCAGUGAGGAAAGUGAAGAGGAACAACAACCAACAAAGAAGGUCAGAAUGGUGGCACCAGUGCAUAAUAAUUAUAAGAGAAUGAAAAUUCAUUAUAAGAAGAAUAAGAAUUGGGGAAGAAGAAGGUAA